CUGGCUGCUCCGCUGCCCCCCGGCUCGCUCGCUCCGCGCCCCACACGGCCCAUCGCGAACCCCGCGCGACACGACGCCCGAACCGUGCGCGCGCGCGAACAAUACAAAAUCAUAAUAAAACAAAUCGGAAACCGCGGCGAGUUCAGCGACCAGUGCGAUCCGCAUGGAUAGGUGACGCUGUUCUAGACCAGACUUCCCUCGCCAUCUGCCACCAUGGAUCACGACCACCACGGCCACCACGAUCACCACGAUCAUGACCACCACGACCACGACCAUGUCCACCAACAUGGUCUGCUCAACGCGUCGGGCGACCCGCUGAGGGGGAUGGCCGUGUCGCAGCAGGACCUCAUCAUGGCCAAGGUGGUUGCCAUGGUGGUGCUGGGCCUGGUGUCCUUCCUCAUCGGCGUGCUCCCCGUCAAGCUGGCCUCCUGGUUCCACUUCGGCGAUGACGUCAUGUCGGGGAAGCGGGCGCGCGCCCACGAGCUAGUCAUCUCGCUGCUGCUCUGCUUCGGCGGCGGCGUGCUCCUCUACACCACGUUCGUCCACCUGCAGCCCGAGGUGCGGCAGGGCUUCGAAGGGCUGCGCGAGGCCGGGCUCCUCCCCGCCGAGGACAUGCAGCUGUCGGAGCUCGUCUUCUGCGCGGGCUUCUUCCUCGUGUACAUCGUGGAGGAACUUGUGCACCUGGUGCUCGACGGCCGCGCGUCGCGCCACGACCACGAAGACAAGGACGUCGUCGUGGUGCACCGCACCAUGAGCAUCCGUCGCUGCGCGGCCAACGGUGCCGAACGGGGUGGCGAGGACAAUCACGGCCACCAUCACCACCACCACAGCAACAUCGGCGGCCCCAACCAGAUGAUCCCCAGGGCCAUCCUGGCGCCAGGCUCGCCGGCCAAGCAGGCACCGCUGGAGACGGUGGUGGGCAGCAUGGCGCAGCCGCGCGCCGUGGACUCGGCCCGCAAGAGCAUCACGUCGAGCACGGAGGGACUCAUCAACGGCGGCUCGCCGCUCGGCAGCCACCUGGGCUCGACGGCGUCCUUCCCGGCGCCGGACAUGAACGGCCACCACCAUCACCACCACCAGCACCACGGCCACCACCACAUGCCCUCCGGCCAACUCAAGGACAAGGUCGUGCCCAAGUCCAUCCGCGGCUUCCUCACCGUGCUGGCGCUCUCCUUCCACGCCGUGUUCGAGGGCCUCGCCGUGGGACUGGAGUCGAGCCCCAGCAACGUGUGGUACCUGUUCGGCGCCGUGGCCACGCACAAGUUCGUCAUCGCGUUCUGCGUGGGCGUGGAGCUCGUCACCUCGCGCACCAAGCUGUCCCUCAUCCUGGUGUACGUGGCCACGUUCGCCGCCGUGUCGCCGCUGGGCAUCGCCGCCGGCCUGCUGCUCGGCGCCGACCCGGCGGCGGGCCAGGGCGUGGCGGCCGUCGUGCUGCAGGGCAUGGCCGCCGGCACGCUGCUCUACGUCGUCUUCUUCGAGAUCCUGCAGCGCGAGCGCGCCAACACGCACAGCGGCGUCUGCCAGCUCCUCGCCAUCAUGGCCGGCUUCGGCGCCAUGCUCGCCCUGGGGAUGACAUGUGAGUGUUACAACCAUGCCGCUAUUCGUUAUGCAAAUAGAGGGUGCGGAGCGAGGCGCCACCCCCGCGGCGUUGCGUGCUGGGCUGGAGCACCUGUUCAAGGUCGCCUCGCUGAUGAGCGCCGCGGCACGCGACCACACAAAUGCCAUGCCGUAAUCAGCAUAAUCUCCCCCGAAUUCUUCAAACGCGGCUCCUCCGCCCCCCGUCCGCACCUACGCCCCCGUCCCCGCUCCCACUACACCCGUUGGCCGGCCGCAUAGACCUCCCCGGCCUGGGUGGGCACGAGCAUCGCGUUUAAGAGUUGCGUCAAUACGGACGGUUGUUUUUUUUUUCUUAUCGGGUAGAUCGGCCAGCAAACUAAAGCGCCGCCGCACUAGUAGUAGUGCGGCGGCCGACGGGCGGCCCUCUCUGCGGUAAUUGCGAGCUCGGGGCGCUCAGGAAACAGGUGCUCUGCUCGACUCGAACUAUUCCGCUCCGGCACGUUUGGUGCGGCCGCCGACUUGCAAGGGGGGAUUGCUCAGACCGUUAAACGGAGAGUGCUGCUUGCAAGUAAGGAAAUGCGCUUUUUUAGGUGCACUCAGAGUGCAGUGGAGUCUAACUCUCUGAAAAUGCAACGCAGUCUAUUAUUGGCACCUGUACGCAACCUGGCCUGGUCUGUAGCUGAGUGACCCAUUCAUUGUGCUGCACAGGGCAUGACGUGCAAGCUGUGCAAGCUGGAGUAGGUCGUGCGAGCGACGAGUGGCUGGAUGACCCAGUGGGGAGCAAGACUCGCUCCGUCACCGCCCUCUCACCCUCCCACCCCCUGGACUUGAUGAAAUUUCAUUACUCAAUUGUGUAAUGAAAAAUUUAAUAACAUUGUAAUGAAAUUGUGAUGAAGAUAGCUUAUUAUAAAUGUUCUUAAAAUGUAAUUAUUUUUUGGACGCUGAUUGUUAAGCGCCGCGAUAAGAGACCGCUACAGCGAUGUUGGAAGAUUAGAUUAACCCCCCUGAUUUCUCGAAAAGCAGUAGCCGUAUACAGUUGUCGGCGAUGUCGUCCAUAUCUCUCGGCGCCCUCCCCGACUUCCCAGACAAAAGAGAUACGGAUCGACGGUAUAGGUGGUUGGUUCCAGUGAAGCCGACACAUGAGUUGUGUUCGCAGCGCGGCCAGGCCAGGCAUGUGUGGCUUAUGAGGAAGUG